AUGAAGCAUAUAACUGAAGAAUUCUCUAUAGGCGAUUCUGAUUAUACAGCAAUAAUAACUUAUGACAACAGCGUGCAUGAAAAGGCACCAAUAACAAUCUAUAUAAUAAACCAACAAGAUGGAAAUAACCCUAUUAUGGGUGACUACAUAUACACAAUAGAAAACUCUUCAACGUAUUUAAAUAAGGCAUCUGAUGGAGUAGAUCAAUUGAAAUCAUUAAAUCAACAUUUAGUUGAAAAAUUGAAAGUUCCCAUAUAUUUGUCAGUUAGUACCAGCACAUCUUUUUCAAAUGUUGAGAUGUUUCAACAAAUAAUGAGAAUAAUUGAGUCAUCAAGGCGAUGA